AUGGAAGAGUACGCAACUGCUUUAAAGAACUCUGUGUCACUUGUAAUGGGCCCAGUGAAGCUCAAAGACGAAUUUUCACACAGAAAGUCUUCAUUUAUGGUUGAAGAUAUCGUGCGGAAUCAAAAUUUUUCGCCAUGUCCGGAGAGGCGUUUGCCUGAUCCUAGCUUUCGAGACGAAAUGCAAACUCCGCAAGCGAUGGCGAGUGGUGGUCGUUCAUCAAACAUGCCCUCAAGUUGUGAGGAACCAAGCCCUGUGAACGGCCGAUCCAGCAAAUCCCGUUCUUCCUUCUCAGUGGAACAGGUUAUGCAGUUAGAACGAGUUUUUGAACGACAGAAAUACCUGGGUUCGAGAGACAGACAGAGGCUCGCAGAGCAGCUACAAAUGAGCGAGACACAGGUGAAAACAUGGUUUCAAAACCGACGAAUGAAGAUGAAGAAAAAGCUUUCAGAGGCCAAUGAGCGCAGAGCUAAAAUAUCUUUUCUUGACAACCUCGCUUGCAUGCAGCAGACAGGAUAUCAUGGUUAUCAAGCUCACCAACCAUAUCCUCCCCCAUGCCCACCGCCAGAGGCGACGCAUCUUCUCCACCCAAGUCUCCCUCCGCCGGAAUGCGCCUGGCUGAAUCAGUCACCUUUCACUUUCCCGCCAAAUCAACCGUUUCCAAGGUAUCUGCCACCACCGCCUCCAUCUUGGGAGUCCCUUCCAGAACACAUGAUCGAUAGAUGCGCUUCUGUGCUGGGUGGGUUUGCGGAGUUGGAAGAAAACAGAUAA